AGCUAUGUAUUUUGUUAUGUAAGUAUUGAAUAAGGUAGCUAAUUUCUGGGAAGUAUCUGUAUACUAAAGUAACAUCUGUUAUUGUUUCAGCGAUGUCAAGAAAUUGCGCGAUCAUGUUGGCCAUGUGUGGGCUUGCUGCUGCAACUUUGCGCGGCUCCAGUGCACAGGUUCUUGCGUCUCAAUAUGACACGUCAGCAGCAGCAGCAGACAGUAGGAACAAUUGGGACGCAUUCGGUGGGUUGUACGCCCUGUUAGCACAGCAUGACGCUCUCGGAGGGCAUGCGUUGGCGCGCAAGUCUGUGAGGUCGCCUUCCAGGCGUCUCCGUUUCGGUAGACGAUCGGAUCCUGAUAUGCCACCGCAAACACCUUUGGACGAAAUGGACGAGUUGCUCUCUCUCCGCGAGACCCGGACGCCGGUGCGCCUACGUUUCGGACGCCGCUCGGAAGAACACGCCAUCCCACACGUGUUUCCACAAGAGGUGCACUCGCCACUCACUGAUUCGCUGGAACAAGACGAGCUACUCUCCUUACGCGAGGCUCGAUCUCCUCUCCGCUUGCGAUUUGGGCGCCGCUCAGAUGAACACGCCGUUCCGCAUAUUUUCCCUCAAGAGGAACAAGACCGCAGCGUACGAGCUCCAUCAAUGCGCCUACGAUUCGGCCGUCGGUCGGACAACAACAUGUUUCUGAUGCCCUAUGAAUCGACCCUACCCAAAGAAGUGAAAGCAGGAUCCGCAGAAGACGAUAGACAGGAUUAA